UGUCUCGCGGCCGCAGGUGCGGAGGCGCGGUCUGGGUCCCGGGGCUUGAGGGCAGCCGGGCGGCGGGGACUGAACGCGGAAGGACUGCGAGUGUGCGCGCGUCGGUGCGCGCCUGAGAGGAGGCGGCUUUUCGUCAGAAGUUGGAGGAUAGACGUGGGGAGCAGCGGCCGCUUGAUACCGCUGUCAAGACGCAGGGUCGAGUCCUCUGCAAUGGAGGUGAAGCUGUGCUGAGAGCAGCCAUUGCUUGAUGUCCAGUGACUGAGGAACCAGUGUUUUAACUUUCUUAUUAUGCCAUUGGAGAUGGAGCCCAAAAUGAGCAAACUCGCCUUUGGCUGUCAGAGAAGUUCCACGUCAGAUGAUGAUUCCGGCUGUGCGCUGGAGGAGUACGCCUGGGUCCCCCCGGGCCUCAGACCAGAACAGAUCCAGCUUUAUUUUGCUUGCUUACCAGAGGAAAAGGUUCCUUACGUUAACAGCCCUGGAGAGAAACAUCGGAUUAAACAGCUUUUGUACCAGUUGCCGCCGCAUGACAAUGAGGUGCGGUAUUGCCAGUCUUUGAGUGAAGAAGAGAAAAAGGAGCUGCAGGUGUUCAGUGCACAGCGGAAGAAAGAAGCCCUCGGAAGAGGGACAAUCAAACUUCUGUCCAGAGCAGUUCUGCACGCCAUCUGUGAGCAGUGUGGGUUGAAGAUAAAUGGUGGUGAAAUUGCCGUGUUUGCCUCUCGCGCGGGCCCUGGAGUGUGCUGGCACCCAUCCUGUUUUGUCUGCUUCACGUGUAAUGAGCUGCUGGUCGACCUCAUCUAUUUUUAUCAGGAUGGAAAAAUUCACUGUGGCAGGCACCAUGCUGAACUGCUCAAACCACGGUGCUCAGCAUGUGACGAGAUCAUUUUUGCUGAUGAGUGCACAGAAGCUGAGGGUCGCCACUGGCACAUGAAACACUUUUGCUGCCUUGAGUGUGAAACGGUCCUAGGAGGCCAGAGAUACAUCAUGAAGGAUGGCCGCCCAUUCUGCUGUGGCUGUUUUGAGUCUCUGUAUGCAGAAUACUGUGAAACCUGCGGGGAACACAUUGGUGUCGAUCACGCCCAGAUGACCUAUGACGGGCAGCACUGGCACGCGACAGAAGCAUGCUUUUCUUGUGCCCAGUGUAAAGCCUCUUUGUUGGGAUGUCCUUUCCUUCCGAAACAAGGUCAGAUUUAUUGCUCGAAAACAUGCAGCCUUGGUGAAGACGUCCACGCCUCUGAUUCCUCUGACUCUGCAUUCCAGUCAGCUCGCUCGAGAGACUCCAGAAGAAGUGUCCGAAUGGGGAAGAGCAGUCGGUCAGCAGAUCAGUGCAGACAGUCUCUGCUCUUGUCCCCUGCUCUGAACUACAAGUUUCCUGGCCUUUCAGGCAGUGCUGAUGACACGCUUUCUCGGAAAUUGGAUGAUUUGAGUCUCACCAGGCAAGGAGCAGGUUUUGUCAAUGAAGAAUUUUGGAAAGGCAGAGUAGAGCAUGAAACCCCAGAAGACCCUGAAGAAUGGGCUGAACACGAAGAUUAUAUGACCCAGCUCCUUCUCAAGUUUGGUGAUAAAAGCCUCUUUCAGCAGCAGCCCAAUGAGAUGGAUAUUCGAGCCAGUGAGCAUUGGAUAUCUGAUAACAUGGUUAAAAAUAAGACCGAGUUAAAGCAAAAUAACCAGAGCCUUGCAAGUAAAAAAUACCAAUCUGAUAUGUAUUGGGCACAGUCACAGGACGGACUGGGUGAUUCUGCUUAUGGCAGCCACCCAGGCCCUGCAAGCAGUAGGAGGCUCCAGGAAUUGGAUCUGGACCAUGGGGCUUCAGGAUAUAAUCAUGAUCAAACACAGUGGUACGAAGAUUCCCUGGAGUGUUUGUCAGACUUGAAACCAGAACAAAGUGUUCGGGAUUCUAUGGAUUCCUUGGCUUUGUCCAAUAUCACAGGGGCUUCAGUGGAUGGGGAAAGUAAGCCAAGGCCGUCAUUAUAUUCUCUGCAAAACUUUGAGGAAAUGGAGGCAGAGGAUUGUGAAAAAAUGAGCAAUAUGGGAACUCUGAACUCCUCCAUGCUGCACAGGAGUGCAGAGUCCUUGAAGAGUCUAAGUUCAGAGCUGUGUCCAGAAAAAAUCAUGCCCGAAGAGAAACCAGUGCAUCUGCCAGUGCUCAGAAGAUCCAAGUCGCAGUCCAGACCACAGCAGGUCAAGUUUUCGGAUGACGUCAUUGACAAUGGAAGCUACGACAACAUCGAAAUCCGGCAGCCUCCAAUGAGUGAGAGGACUCGGAGACGGGUCUACCACUUCGAAGAGAGGGGAUCCAGGUCUCAGCAUCAUCAUCGCCGCAGAAGAAGUAGAAAGUCUCGCUCUGACAAUGCCCUGAAUCUUGUUACAGAGAGAAAAUACUCCCCUAAGGACAGACUGAGGCUUUACACCCCAGAUAACUAUGAGAAAUUUAUACAGAACAAAAGUGCCCGGGAGAUCCAAGCAUACAUACAGAAUGCUGAUCUCUAUGGACAGUAUGCCCAUGCCACUUCCGACUAUGCACUACAGACCCCAGGAAUGAAUAGGUUCCUAGGACUCUACGGUGAGGAUGAUGAUUCCUGGUGUUCUUCCUCCUCCUCUUCCGACUCAGAAGAAGAAGGUUAUUUUCUUGGACAACCAAUCCCUCAACCACGGCCACAGAGAUAUGCCUACUAUACAGACGACCUUUCUAGUCCAACUUCUGCACUCCCUACCCCUCAGUUUGGUCAGAGGACAACUAAAUCCAAGAAGAAAAAGGGACACAAAGGCAAAAACUGUAUUAUUUCAUAACCUAGUAGUUGUGGAGAUCCUUUGUUUAAAUUUAGCCAUUAACCAUCUGAAUUAUGCUUUUUCUUCCAUAGGAAAGUUGCUAAAAUAGUUUAAAGUGCUUUGCCCAUGUAAAUGAGAACCCGACUGCUGUUUACAGUGUCAGAUUAACAUUUGGAAGGUGUGAUUUCUCCAGCUUAUUCUCCUUGGAUGUUGCCAGGUUUACGUGACAUCUCGUGCCUAUCGGGUACAUUACAGUUUUAUAUAGCUGCUUUGGUCUCCGAUCCCCAAGAGAAUACUAAAGAAACUGUCGCAAGGUGAAUGGAUGGGGGUGUUGACUUUAGAAGAUGGAGAACUUCAGCCACCUUUGUAAAGCAACAGUGUUUGUCAUUCCUGUUAGCCAUGUUGGCUUGGGUCCUGAUCAGUUUGUCUUGUGAGGCAUGCACAUAGUUACUCUGACCUAGCUAACACUGUGCACCAUAUCGUGCGAGGCCAACUUGUCCCCUUUCAACCCUCAUUAGCCAGCUAAGGAAUACUCCCCUAAGGAGUAUUAGCUCCAGCUACAGAUUGAAAAAAACAUUGCUAUUUAUAAUGUAGUAUUUCAUAGACUUAAGUGUAUUCCUAAUUUAACGGUGCAAAUAUUAAUGUAUAUACUGUACAGUUCAGAUUUUAAAGCUGAUAUUUUUAUAUCCCUGAAUUGCAAGAUGUUUGUUACACUGCAGUACUAGAUUUGUUUAGGGACCCAGCAACAGCAUUUAUGGAUGAAAUGAUUGCUUGUAUUUUAGUCAGGGUUUAUAAGCUUAGACGGUCAAAUUUAUAUUGCUUAGUGAUGGAAAGUUCAGGUUUUUUUUUUUUUU